UACAAGUUGGCAGAUUUCUUUUUUACUUGCAAUAGACAAAAACAAACGGAAAGAUGAUAACAGCACUGACCAGAAGCAUCUGCCAACAAAUAAAUAAACCACAUAUUCGGACAUGUGCAGCCUCCGCAACUGUCAAGAAAACCGAAAGUCUUCACAAACAAUACGAUGUCUUGCAAGAAGAAGCCCUUAAGGAGCAGUGUAUAUUGGUGGACGAAAACGACAAAGCCGUUGGAUUUUCCACAAAAGCAGACUGCCAUCGUGUACAUGCAGAGACCAAAGAAGUGAAACUACACAGAGCAUUUUCAGUGUUCCUGUUCAAUACCAAAGGAGAAAUGUUAGUACAAAGAAGAUCUGAACACAAGAUCACAUUCCCCGAUACCUACACAAAUGCCUGCUGUAGUCAUCCCCUGCACGACAUUGAAGUCGAACGGGAGGAACUUAAUGCUUUUGGAAUACGAAAAGCUGCCCAACGCAGACUUAACUAUGAACUGGGCAUACCCACAAAUCAAAUACGGCCAGAAUAUUUUCAUUAUUUGACUAGGAUACAUUAUGCCAACACAGGCGAUGGCACUUGGGGUGAACAUGAGAUUGACUAUAUUCUGUUUUUGCAAAAAGAUGUUGAUCUCAAACCGAAUUUGAAUGAAGUGAGCGAAGUACGUUACAUAAAACGUCAGCACAUUGACGAGGAGAUAAAAACAUUUGAUGCACCUUUGACACCCUGGUUUGAAUUGAUUUUAAAGAAUCGCUUAAAGAUGUGGUGGGAUAAUUUGCAUCAAUUGAAAAAAUUCGAAGAGCACAAUGAAAUACAACGUUUUCUAUAAAACAUUAUGGAAAUCUUUUGUUAUAUUAUUGUUAAGUACGUAUGUAUGUAGUAGAUGUGUUUUAAUUUUAUACAAAUAUUGUCGAAAAUUAUUAAAUUUAUAAUAAGACGAUCAUAAUAAACAAUAGACGAUUUGCAUAUUCGAAUAUAAAUUGAAACGAAAUUAAA